AUGUCUACCCCGGCUCGUCGAUGGUACCACUGGUUCGCCCCAACUGAUAGUCCAGAAGAGAGAAGGCUGAUACUCAAACUUGACUUUCUGAUCGUCCCUUAUGCUUUCAUCAUCUACUGGGUCAAGUACAUCGAUCAGAUUAAUAUCAACAAUGCCUACGUUUCUGGAAUGGCCGAUGAGCUCGGCUUUCACGGCAAUGAGCUCGUCCAGUUCCAAACCAUUUUCGUGGUGGGAAACGUAGUGGGCCUUUUGCCAUUCAUCUAUCUGUUCCCAAGAGUCCCGAUGCAUGUCCUUGUUCCAACUCUUGAUCUUGGUUGGGGCCUGUUCACUCUCCUCCAGUAUCGCGCCCAGAGUUAUGCGGAAAUCAUGGCGUACCGGUUCCUGGUGGCCAUUUUUGAAGCCUCAUAUUUCCCAGGCGUCCACUUCGUCCUUGGGUCAUGGUAUCGGAGCGACGAAAUCGGCCGACGAGGCGGCAUCUUCUACAUUGGCCUGACCCUCGGCACCUUGACGGCAUCGCUACUGCAAGCCGCGGCGGUAACAUACCUCGACGGAACGCACGGCCUGGCCGGCUGGCGCUGGCUCUUCAUCAUCAAUGCCAUCAUCACACUCCCUCUUGCCGUCGUCGGGUACUUUGUUUGGCCCGGUACGCCCGCGAAACCCAACAAGCUGCUCAUGAAAGAGCCCGAACUCCAGCUGGCACGCUCGCGUCUGGAACAGGCCGGCGCGUCAGUCGAGAGCACGCCAUUCUCCCUGAGCCUCUUGAAACGCGUGUUUACCAACUGGAGAUUCUACGUCUUGAUCCUCUGGAACAUCUUCUUCUUCAACACCAGCGCAAACAGCGCUGCCUUUUUGUUGUGGAUCAAGAGUCUCGGUAGAUACAGCACCGCCCAGAUGAAUAACCUGGCUGCGCUGAGUCCCGGGUUGGGAAUCUUCUUCGUGCUCUUCAUCAACUUUAGCGCAGACUUGUGGAUCGGGCGUACGGCAGCCAUCACUCUGGCAUCGGCAAUCAACUUCUCGGGCUUGGUCAUACUGGCUGUUUGGAAUGUGCCGGAAGCCGCAAAGUGGUACGCUUUCAGCACCACCUACUCCGCCGUGGCCGUGUCCUCGGUGCUGUACGGAUGGGCCAACAUCAUUCUCAAACACAACAUCGAGGAGCGAGCUCUGACCCUGAUCCUCAUGACGGCCAUCGCCACGUCCACCAACGCCUGGAUCCCGUUGUUGGUGUACCCUACUGUAGAAGCUCCGAGGUUUCCCAAGGGCUAUGUGUACUCUGCCGUCAUGGUUGUGCUCUUGGUCAUCAUGACGCAGGUUGUGCGAGUAUUAUUGGGCUCUCAUGGGGAGAAAAGAAUCCGCAAAACUCACGACAAUCGUAGCGCUACAGAAUCUGUUGAAGGGCAGUCACCUACGCGCUACGAUACGACUGACCAGAAAGGACCCGAUACUCUGAUUGCUUCAGUUUGA